AUGGGAUCUUCUGUGCGAUUUCAAUCUGCUCAUAUGGCAGACAUCAAAGGAAAGGGCAUUUUGUACGAGGAUGAUGAUGCGCCAAUUCAACUUGUUGAGUCAGAGGAUUCUCAUGUCAUCACCGAGUUUCGACUCUCGCUAAUUGGGAAAAUACUGAACCCAAAGAAGCAAAAUGUUGAGAAGCUGAUACAGUAUAUGAUUAAUAAGUGGGGUAUGGAGGAUCGAGUUAUCGCAAAUGAUCUUGGCACUGGAAAAUUUCUUUUCACCUUCACAACCGAGGAGGAUAUCAAGGAGGUUCUCCGACAGGGCCCUUUCCACUACAACUACUGUAUGUUUGUGCUGGUGAGGUGGGAGCCCAUUGUACACGAUGACUAUCAUUCCGUGUUGGGUCCAGAUAACAGGCUUGCCUUUGCACCUGUGGGAUGUGGAUAA